GAGCCACGUUGGGACAAGUCACGGCAGCCUGCCCAGGAACCGCGGACCUCGGGCGCUGUCAGCCCAGGUCCCCAUGGAGCUGCGGGUCGCCAACGCCAAUGGCAGCUGCGAGAACGGCUCCAUAGUCAGCCUCUACUGCUCCUCUCAGGAGGUCCUCUGUCAGAUCGUGAGAGGCAUCAGCCCUGAAGAGCCCUACAAUGCCACCUUGAUCACCUGGCAAGAGAGGGUCAGGAAGAAGUAUGGCUUCUACAUCGGUGUGGGCCUCGCCUUCCUCUCCUGCUUCCUCAUUGGCACCAGUGUCAUCCUUAAGAAGAAAGGCCUCAUUCGGCUUGUGGCCACAGGGGCCACAAGGGCAGUGAAUGGAGGCUACGGCUACCUGAAGGACCCAAUGUGGUGGGCUGGAAUGGCUACCAUGUCUGCUGGAGAAGUUGCCAACUUCGGGGCCUACGCGUUUGCACCUGCGACGGUUGUCACACCGCUGGGAGCACUGAGCGUCCUCAUAAGUGCCAUCUUCUCCUCCUACUGCCUGGGAGAGAGCCUGAAUCUACUGGGGAAACUGGGCUGUGUGAUCUGUAUGGCUGGCAGCACAGUGAUGGUCAUACAUGCCCCCAAAGAGGAGAAGGUCACCACUGUUGCAGAGAUGGCUUCCAAGAUGAAAGACACAGGGUUCAUCGUCUUUGCUGUCCUUCUGGUGGUGUCUUGCCUCAUCCUCAUCUUCAUUGUUGCCCCGCGUUACGGGCAAAGGAAUAUCCUCAUUUACAUCAUCAUCUGCUCUGUGAUCGGAUCCUUCUCCGUGACUGCUGUCAAGGGGCUUGGUGUCACCAUUAGGAACUUCUUCCAGGGCUUACCAGUUGUGCGGCACCCUCUCCCCUACAUCCUGUCCCUCAUCCUGGGACUUUCCAUCAUCAUCCAGGUCAACUUCCUCAACAGGGCACUGGAUAUUUUCAACACCUCAUUGGUCUUCCCCAUCUACUACGUUUUCUUCACCACGGUGGUGGUGGCCUCCUCCAUCGUCCUCUUCAAGGAGUGGUACACCAUGUCUGCUGUGGACAUUGUGGGCACCCUGUCUGGCUUCGUUACCAUCAUCCUGGGUGUUUUCAUGCUUCACGCUUUCAAGGAUUUGGACAUCAACCAAAUCAGCUUGCCCCACACGCACAAAAACCCAACUCCAGCUCCCACCCCAGAGCCCACGGUUAUUAAAUUAGAAGACAAGAAUGUCCUUGUGGAUAACAUAGAACUUGCCAGCACACCAUCACCCCAACAGAAGCCCAAAGUAUUUGUGACCGAUUCUUAAAGCCUGGAAUGCAUGAGUAAGAGGAGGCAGCCAAUGGUCCAGCCUGACCUCUCCAGUUCAAACUACCUGGUUACUUUCAGCACAUCUGUUGCCGAGGGCUAGUUUCUGUUUUUGAGAUAUUCAUUUAUACCUCACUGCUGUUCCUAGAAGAAGAAGAAAAACCCCUACCCAGUAAGGUAGGGGGCAGGACUUCCUGGAGAUACAGCCUUGGUGACUAAAUCCACAAGUUUCUGUUAGAGCCAGCAAGUCCCCAGAGCCUCUUCCCUCUGGGUCCCUCAACACCACCAUGUUGUUGAUAGAAUUUGACCUGCUGAAUGUAGCCCAGCUCAAGAACUUCCCUCAGCUAUUGGUCAUCGGGAACUCCUUCACACCAAUUAGCCUGUCAGGCUGGACUUCUCAGUCCUUAGCCCGGGAAUGGAGCUUGUGGGGGAAUGCAGAGCAAUCUGCAUGCCUCGUCAUGCCAAGGUGUGUAGCACAUGCUAAGUAGCCUGGUGUUUCUUGUAGACAGAAGCAAGACCCCAGCUGACCUUCUUACUGUGAAUACCACCUGAUGUCUCAGGGAAGUUUCAACUGGCCCAUUCUCCAAGCACUUGAGGUCACAUCUUGUUGUCUGUGCCCCCAGUGGCAGGCACCACUACCCUUCCCUCUCUCUUCCCAUCCCAAGACAAGCCUUAGAACCAACAGCAGGGGAUGCCUCCUAGUCCAGCUCCGCUGUUCAAACCCAUGUUCACCUAGCAGCCUCUGGGAAGAGAACAGCAGUGUGCUGUCACGAUGGAAUUUAGCAGAAUGCAAUUUCUUUGCAUCAAGAAAUUGACCAUGAUAUGACUUGGGGAUGAGGGGGAGAAUAUAAGACACAAUGUCAUGGUUGUCUGAAUGGAGUCAUGGGCUCUAUGGAAACCUGGACGUAAUGUUUGGCCUGACUCAGAUCCAAGCAAGGACCAGACCUGUGGGGAAAUUUCCUAGCUGUAUCUAGUGGAAUUGGAUUAGAAUCCCAAUAAUCAAAUGGGAAUGCAGGCUUGACAUAGCCUUGUUGGCCCAACUGGAACUGAGUUUAUCUCCAUUGACAACCUAGCUGCCCACACUGGAAACAGCAUGCCAUAAGUCCUCCAGCAUCACCUGCUCUUAGGGCCACUUUUGGUGACCUUAUAUUUGGCCAGAAGCAGUCAGAGAAUAGCAGCUGGAGAUAGAUAGAGAGAGAGAGAGAGAGAGAGAGAGAGAGAGAGAGAGAGAGAGAGAGAGACAGAGAGAUCCUUUCUUCCAGUUCUUACAGCUGUGAAAGUGUAGGCUUGACACAAGGAGCAUAAGAGAGUGAAGUUAGGAGCCAGUUUGUGGGGAAGGGGAAACUUGAUCUUCAGUGUACGUAGCACUGUCAAAAUCCUUGCCUACAUCCUGUAUUUGAAUCUGAUCCCUUAAGUAUAACCACACCCAGGUCAAACUGUUUCUGGCCUUGGACAAGGUCUUAGGGCAGAUCAACACUCUGGGCCCUAUAACUUCCACCUCCAAUCCCCAGUAUUUUCAUGAAUGUGGGUUUCUGACUGUGACUGAAAUCAAUGCAACACACUGGAUCUUGGGGGGGGGGUAGUAAACUGAAGGUUCUGAGAAUGUGGGCUCUGAAGUCAGUAAUAAAGACUUCAGAAUGUGUUUACUUGACAAAUGUCCUGACCUUCCAUGCACGCGGAGCAAAUUCACUCCACUGGUUCCUCUCACAUACUGGGAUGCCAGUCCCUGAUCUCCAAAGCAAAGCCCUCCUGUGUCUUCCAAGAUCUGCCCUCACUCAAGCAGGGAAGGUUGCUGUAUUUCUUAGUACCAUUCACAUAGAGGCUAUGACCUUACUAGGAGCCAGGCAUGUGGCAAAAAGCAUAUGAAAUACGAAGGAUGAUGCUUUCUUAGCAUUUACAUGAGGGUUCAAUGAGGGGACUAUCUUAGGGUUUUAUUGCUGUGAAGAGAGACCAUGACCAUGACAACUCUUAUAAAGGAAAACAUUUCACUG